AUAGUAUAACGUCGACAAAGUUGCUGGACAUUCGUCGCGCGAGUGAAUCGAGUCAUCGAAAUAAGUCGCGAUGUCGUGGCGAACGAUACUGCUGCUCUGCGUUUUCGCGCUAUUUCUUCAAUUGAUCGCAGGUGAGCCCUUCGUCAAGCUGCCUACGCUCAAUAGAUGGCAUCCGAUUACCACCGAAUCCAACGAAGUCGAGCAGCCCAAAAAGUUACCCGGUCGAAUAGUCAACGGUACUAAAGCCAUGCUGGGCCAAUUUCCGCAACAGGUAUCCUUGAGGAGAAGGUACUCGCAGUCGCACUUCUGCGGCGGUAGUAUACUGACGCCUGAGUGGGUUCUGACAGCCGGCCAUUGUAUGAUGGAUAAGAAUUUGAACGUAAUAGAGGCCUACACGAUACUGGUCAUCGCAGGAGAAAUCGCUCUGAAGAACUCGAAUGCUGCCCGACAAUGGAGCUACGUCAAGAACGUCAUCGUUCACCCGAGUUUCGAUUACAAUACGUUGCACAACGACGUGGCUCUGUUACGAUUGGAAAAACCCUUCACGUUCGACCCGUUCGUUAAGCCGGCGCCCAUCGCAUGGUUGCAGAUGCAACCCGGUACGGUGUGCCAAGUUUCCGGAUGGGGCUAUCAGAAAUAUGCAGGAAACUCGGUCAGCAGCUACUUGAUGUACGUCGAUCUGCCGCUGCUGCCCAUUCCCCAGUGUCGAAAACUGAUGGCGAACUACUCCACGGUGCCCAGGGGCAUGUUCUGCGCGGGAUACUUGGAGGGUGGCCGCGACGCUUGUCAGGGUGAUUCCGGUGGCGGCAUGAUGUGCAAGGGCUACCUCACUGGUGUCGUAUCCGGCGGCGAGGGCUGCGCCUGGCCGGGACUGCCCGGUCUCUACGCCGAUCUCAGAGUCUACUCGCCUUGGAUCAAGAAGUACGUGAACAUGACGCAGAACUUCACCGUACGCACUAAUCCGUUCGGUGGAAACGCUGCCUCUCUCACGCCGAUCGCAGCGCUACUAGCACUGCUUUUGUGCGUUAUCUACCAUGUUUAGAUCGACCGACUGCUCGAGUGUUUGUCUGUCGGUUGUGUGAGAUCGUCGCAUUCGAUAAGUGGCUCCUAUAGUGCAAUAUUGUGUACAUAUUUCUGGCGAUGGACGAUGAAUUAUCGACUGUAUUAGGAUAUAUUGUAAUUUUUGUAUAAAAAAUUCGAAAUUAAAAAAACUUAAGAAUUUA